AUUGGAAGUUCAAAAAAAAGAAAAAAUGGCUACAUAUUAAUGCCUUUUUAAUUGUUCAUUGUUAAAUUGUUAAUAAAGUUGGGUGUUUAAGACUCCCAACACUUCAAACAGUCUUUUCUCGGAGAAACACAAGUUUUCUGAGAUUGUCUUUAAUGGCGGAUAUAUCUCGUCGUAGUUAUGGUGGGUUAACGCCGGAAGAAGAGAGGCUGAAGAUACGAGACAUUUCAUUGGCUGCCGAAUCUCAAAGUAAAGAGGGCGAUACUUUCUAUCUCAUUACUCAAAGAUGGUGGCAAAACUGGCUUGAUUAUGUCAAUCAAGAUCAAAUGAGUGUUGGGAGUGAGGGACCUUCUCUGCACUGUGCAGACACUGCAGAUGCUUGUAUAUCAAAAAGGCCAUCAACUAUCGAUAAUAAAAAUCUGAUAUAUGAAUCUGUAUCAAGAGAUAAAAGUGCUGCUGAGCUUCAUGACACUUUGGUGGAAGGCCGUGAUUAUGUCUUGCUGCCCGAGGAUGUUUGGAACCAGCUUUACACUUGGUAUGGAGGGGGGCCAACAUUGGCCAGAAAAGUGGUCAAUUCUGGUCUGAGCCAAACGGAAUUAGCUGUAGAAGUGUAUCCGUUGCGGCUUGAGCUACUUCUUACUCCAAAAGGUGAUCGCACUACCAUAAGAAUAAGCAAAAAGGAAACUAUUAGUGAGCUCCGCAGACGAGUUUGCGAAAUUUUCGAUCUUGAAUCAGAGCAAAUACGCAUGUAUGAUUUUUAUGGGCAGAAGAAACAUGCAUUACCGAUGGAUUUGGACAAAACACUUGAUGAUGCAAACAUACAAAUGGAUCAAGAGAUUCUUGUGGAGGUACUCAAUGAUGUGACGAAUUCUGUGAACAAUAAUGAUUCUUCGGGAAACCAAUUUAAUUCUUUCCUUUUAGAGCCUUCAAAGUCAGGUUUAUCAAUUGCUGGAGGUUUAUCUGCAACAAAAGGUGUAUCUAAAAACUGCAAUUCAGAGGUCUCUCCAGGUCAGCAUCAGGUUUCCCCACUUAGGGAAUCAAAUAAUGUGCAGGAGACAAGUGGUGUUACCACAAGAAGUGCUACUUCUGGUCUCACUGGGCUCCUAAAUCUUGGAAAUACUUGCUUUAUGAAUAGUGCUGUACAAUGCCUUGUUCAUACACCAGAAUUUACUAGAUAUUUUCGGGAAGAUUAUCGUGGAGAGAUAAACUGGCAGAAUCCAAUGGGCAUGGUUGGAGAACUGGCUCUUGCAUUUGGUGAAUUACUUAGAAAACUUUGGGCCCCUGGACGAACACCAAUAUCUCCUCGGCCUUUUAAGGCCAAGCUUGCUCGCUUUGCUCCUCAAUUCAGUGGUUAUAAUCAGCAUGAUUCACAGGAACUCUUGGCAUUUUUGUUGGAUGGUUUGCACGAAGACUUGAAUCGUGUCAAAGAUAAACCUUACGUUCAAUCUAGGGAUGCAGACGGAAGACCUGAUGAAGAAGUCGCUGAUGAGUACUGGGCAAAUCAUAAAGCUCGUAAUGAUUCUAUUAUUGUUGAUGUUUGCCAGGGUCAAUACAAGUCAACUCUGGUUUGCCCUGUGUGUUCCAAAAUUUCUGUCACGUUUGAUCCAUUCAUGUAUCUUUCGUUACCCCUCCAGUCUACUGCUACUCGCCCUUUGACUGUAACUAUCUUCAGCAGUGAUGGGAGUCUGCUGCCAAAUGUUUGCACUGUGACUAUUCCAAAGCAAGGCCGAUGCAGGGAUUUGAUCCAAGCACUAGGUGCUGCUUGUUCAUUGAAGCCUAAUGAGAAGCUUCUACUUGCAGAGAUACAGAAUCAUUUGAUUCACCGUUUUUUUGAAGAUCCUAUGGCAUCAUUGUCCAGCAUAAAAGAUGACGAUCACCUUGCUGCAUACAGGAUCCCUCAGCCAGCAAAAGGAACAAUAUUUCUUCAGUUAAUACACCGUCUUGAAGACAAGGAGACGGUUGAUGGUCAGAUUGUGAAGGGAUGGAAACCCUAUGGAACCCCACUAGUUUCACCUAUCUCAUGUGAUGAUGUAACUACAAGGGGUGAUGUCCAAUCUAUGGUUCGAACACUGCUAUUUCCAUUGUUGAAGCGCAGCGAAAAAACUGCUUUGUCAGCAGAUGACCUAUCAUUAGCAGCUGAUCCAUGUUCUGACACGAGAAGACAAGUAGAUAUCUCUGUAUCUUACACAUCAACAGAAAGCGAGAAUGAUAAAACUUGUGGCUUAUUGAAAUUGCCUCUGCAAUUGGUAGAUGAAAAUAAUGCAUGUAUUGACCUAUCUGUAGGAGAAGAGAAACCUGUCAUUAUUUCCUCCUCAUCAAAAUCUCUAUUAGUGUUUAUCAAUUGGUCUAAAGAACUCCAGGAGAAAUAUGAUACAUCUUACUUGGAAAAUUUGCCUGAAGUCUGCAAAAAUGGACUUCCAGCUAAGAAAGCUCGGACAGAACCAUUGUCCUUAUAUAGCUGUCUAGAAGCUUUUCUGCGUGAAGAGCCUCUAGUCUCUGAACCAGAUAUGUGGAAAUGUCCUCAGUGUGAAGAGCGGCGGCAAGCUAGCAAGAAGCUUGAUUUAUGGAGGCUUCCAAAAGUUCUCGUCAUCCAUCUAAAACGGUUCUCAUAUAACAGAUCAAUCAAGCACAAAUUAGAUACAUAUGUCAACUUCCCUAUUUAUGAUCUUGACCUAACAAAGUAUAUUGCAAACAAGAACAGCUUGGAUCCCCAGCUUUAUGAACUCUAUGCUUUGAUCAAUCACUACGGGGGCAUGGGUAGUGGGCACUACACUGCACACAUCAAACUCCUAGACGAGAACCGGUGGUACAGCUUUGAUGAUAACCAUAUAUCAUCCGUCAGUGAAGAAGAUGUGAAGACCAACGCUGCUUAUGUACUAUUUUACCGUAGGAAAAAGGAUUAUGCUUCUGAAAGCAAAUAACUAUCUGAACCAAUGAUACAAACUUAUCCUCAUAUAGAUUGAAAGGUGCACCCGAGUUUAUAUCUUUUUGGAUGACUUGGUAUAGUAUAAUUUUGUAUCUCCAGAUCUUGUGUUACAUUCGGAGUAUUCCAUGCACUACAGAUAAUGUUCGCUCAUAUUAUAGAAGAUUGGGUUUAGUAUUCUUGUAGAGAAUUAGUUUGUGUAACAAGUCAUUGGAGCUAACUUCACUUCAAAUGUAGUUUUGCCAACAUUUCUUAGUCAUUUCUUUUGUAGGAGGUUGUUGCUCAUGUAAUUAUAUUUAUAUGGAAUAUGGACUCAUAUUCUAUGUAGCUCUUUGAUUUUUUGAGUCUAAUUUUAGAUUUGUAAAUGUGUUUGUGCACAUAUUCGUAUUUAAUUUCUAACAAAAUUAAUAACUUAUUCCCU